AUGGCCGACACCUGCUGCUCCCGGACGUACGUCAUGGCCGCGUCCACCCUGUCCGUCUGUUCCAGCGACCUGAGCUGUGGCAGCCGCGUCUGCUCACCUACCGCUUGCACCAGAUCCUCCCGGCAGGUGGACAAUUGCCAAGAGACCUGCUGCGAGCCCCCCUGCUGCGCCCCCAGCUGUUGCCAGUCCAGCGGAUGCACCCUCCCCUGCUGCGCACCCCCCUCCUGCCUGACCCUCAUCUACACCCCUGUGAGCUGCGCGUCCAGCCCCUGCCAAUCAGCCUGCACCAGCUCCUACCAGCCCUCCUGCUGCAGCUCCUCCCCCUGCCAGGAAGCCUGCGGCACGUCCGUCUGCUGCACCCCUGUCUGCUGCAAGCCCGUCUGCUGCACCCCUGUCUGCUGCAUCCCUGUCUGCUGCAAGCCCCUUGGCUGCACCCCUGUCUGCUGCGAGACCUCCCCCUGCUCGGCCUCCUCAUGCUGCCAACAGUCUAGCUGCCAGCCCCCCUGCUGCAGCUCCUUGCCCUGCCAGGAAACCUGUGGCGCAUCCGUCUGUUGCACCCCUGUCUGCUGCAAGCCCCUCUGCUUCACCCCUGUCUGCUGCAAGACCUCCCCCUGCUCAGCCCCCUCCUGCAGCUGGCCCAGCCCCUGCUCCUCGUCCUGCUGCAGGCCUUCCUCCUGCGUGUCCCUGCUCUGCCAGCCCGUGUGCAGGCCCGCCUGCUGCGUGCCCGCGUCCUCCUGCCAGCCCAGCUGCUGCCGCCGGGCCUCCUGCGUGUCCCUGCUCUGCCGGCCCGUGGGCUCCCGCCAGGCCUGCUGCGUGCCCGCCUCGGCCCAGAAGUCCUGCUGCUGA